AUGCGCGGCAUCUACCCCAUCACUGGUGAAGAGCAGCCAUUGCCGCCUCUACUGCCAGCGCCGCCAUCGCCGUCGCCACUGCUGCCUUCCACCACCCAAGGCGUUGAGAACAUCGCUGCUGAAGAAAAACCGCUGCCGCCCACCACCGCAGGCAGCGGUGAAAUCGUAGCUGAUGAAGAGCCACCGUCCCCCGCUACCUUGAACGGUGGCGAGAUCAGUUAUUUCGAUGAGCUGCUAGCACCCACCAUCGCUGCUGGCAGCUGCAACUACCUCUGUGAAGAGCCGCCGCUUCCGACCACCUUGUGCGGUGCUGCUAACAUCAUUGCAGAUGAGACACUGCUCCCCACCGUCUUGGGGAGCUGCGACGCAAGUGGUAAUGAAGAGCCGUUGCCUCCCACCGUUCUUGGCAGCGGCGACGCUGAUGCCCCUGUUGACCCACUGCCGCCCACCACCGCAGGCAGCGGUGAAAUCGUAGCUGAUGAAGAGCCACCGUCCCCCGCUACCUUGGACGGUGGCGAGAUCAGUUAUUUCGAUGAGCUGCUAGCACCCACCAUCUCUGCUGACAGCUGCAACUACCUCUGUGAAGAGCCGCCGCUUCCGACCACAUUGUGCGGUGCUGCUAACAUCAUUGCAGAUGAGACACUGCUCCCCACCGUCUUGGGGAGCUGCGACGCAAGUGGUAAUGAAGAGCCGUUGCCUCCCACCGUUCUUGGCAGCGGCGACGCUGAUGCCCCUGUUGACCCACUGCCGCCCACCACCGUAGGCAGCGGUGAAAUUGCAGCUGAUGAAGAGCCACCGUCCCCCGCUACCUUGGACGUUGGCGAGAUCAGUUAUUCCGAUGAGCUGCUAGCACCCACCAUCGCUGCUGGCAGCUGCAACUACCUCUGUGAAGAGCCGCCGCUUCCGACCACCUUGUGCAGUGCUGCUAACAUCAUUGCAGAUGAGACACUGCUCCCCACCGUCUUGGGCAGCUGCGACGCAAGUGGUAAUGAAGAGCCGUUGCCUCCCACCGUUCUUGGCAGCGGCGACGCUGAUGCCCCUGUUGAACCACUGCCGCCCACCACCGCAGGCAGCGGUGAAAUUGCAGCUGAUGAAGAGCCACCGUCCCCCGCUACCUUGGACGUUGGCGAGAUCAGUUAUUCCGAUGAGCUGCUAGCACCCACCAUCGCUGCUGGCAGCUGCAACUACCUCUGUGAAGAGCCGCCGCUUCCGACCACCUUGUGCGGUGCUGCUAACAUCAUUGCAGAUGAGACACUGCUCCCCACCGUCUUGGGCAGCUGCGACGCAAGUGGUAAUGAAGAGCCGUUGCCUCCCACCGUUCUUGGCAGCGGCGACGCUGAUGCCCCUGUUGAACCACUGCCGCCCACCACCGCAGGCAGCGGUGAAAUUGCAGCUGAUGAAGAGCCACCGUCCCCCGCUACCUUGGACGUUGGCGAGAUCAGUUAUUCCGAUGAGCUGCUAGCACCCACCAUCUCUGCUGGCAGCUGCAACUACCUCUGUGAAGAGCCGCCGCUUCCGACCACCUUGUGCGGUGCUGCUAACAUCAUUGCAGAUGAAACACUGCUCCCCACCGUCUUGGGGAGCUGCGACACAAGUGGUAAUGAAGAGCCGUUGCCUCCCACCGUUCUUGGCAGCGGCGACGCUGAUGCCCCUGUUGAACCACUGCCGCCCACCACCGCAGGCAGCGGUGAAAUUGCAGCUGAUGAAGAGCCACCGUCCCCCGCUACCUUGGACGUUGGCGAGAUCAGUUAUUCCGAUGAGCUGCUAGCACCCACCAUCUCUGCUGACAGCUGCAACUACCUCUGUGAAGAGCCGCCGCUUCCGACCACCUUGUGCGGUGUUGCUAACAUCAUUGCAGAUGAAACACUGCUCCCCACCGUCUUGGGGAGCUGCGACGCAAGUGGUAAUGAAGAGCCGUUGCCUCCCACCGUUCUUGGCAGCGGCGACGCUGAUGCCCCUGUUGAACCACUGCCGCCCACCACCGCAGGCAGCGGUGAAAUUGCAGCUGAUGAAGAGCCACCGUCCCCCGCUACCUUGGACGUUGGCGAGAUCAGUUAUUCCGAUGAGCUGCUAGCACCCACCAUCGCUGCUGGCAGCUGCAACUACCUCUGUGAAGAGCCGCCGCUUCCGACCACCUUGUGCGGUGCUGCUAACAUCAUUGCAGAUGAGACACUGCUCCCCACCAUUUUGGGAAGCUGUGACGCAAGUGGUAAUGAAGAGCCGUUGCCUCCCACCGUUCCUGGCAGCGGCGACACUGAUGCCCCUGUUGACCCACUGCCGCCCACCACCGCAGGCAGCGGUGAAAUCAUAGCUGAUGAAGAGCCACCGUCCCCCGCUACCUUGGACGGUGGUGAGAUCAGUUAUUCCGAUGAGCUGCUAGAACCCACCAUCGCUGCUGGCAGCUGCAACUACCUCUGUGAAGAGCCGCCGCUUCCGACCACCUUGUGCAGUGCUGCUAACAUCAUUGCAGAUGAGACACUGCUCCCCACCGUCUUGGGCAGCUGCGACGCAAGUGGUAAUGAAGAGCCGUUGCCUCCCACCGUUCUUGGCAGCGGCGACGCUGAUGCCCCUGUUGACACACUGCCGCCCACCACCGCAGGCAGCGGUGAAAUCGUAGCUGAUGAAGAGCCACCGUCCCCCACUACCUUGGACGGUGGCGAGAUCAGUUAUUUCGAUGGGCUGCUAGCACCCACCAUCUCUGCUGACAGCUGCAACUACCUCUGUGAAGAGCCGCCGCUUCCGACCACCUUGUGCGGUGUUGCUAACAUCAUUGCAGAUGAGACACUGCUCCCCACCAUCUUGGGGAGCUGCGACGCAAGUGGUAAUGAAGAGCCGUUGCCUCCCACCGUUCUUGGCAGCGGCGACGCUGAUGCCCCUGUUGACCCACUGCCGCCCACCACCGCAGGCAGCGGUGAAAUUGCAGCUGAUGAAGAGCCACCGUCCCCCGCUACCUUGGACGGUGGCGAGAUCAGUUAUUCCGAUGAGCUGCUAGCACCCACCAUCGCUGCUGGCAGCUCCAACUACCUCUGUGAAGAGCCGCCGCUUCCGACCACCUUGUGCGGUGCUGCUAACAUCAUUGCAGAUGAGACACUGGUCCCCACCAUCUUGGGAAGCUGCGACGCAGGUGGUAAUAAAGAGCCGUUGCCUCCCACCGUUCCUGGCAGCGGCGACGCUGAUGCCCCUGUUGACCCACUGCCGCCCACCACCGCAGGCAGUGGUGAAAUCGUAGCUGAUGAAGAGCCACCGUCCCCCGCUACCUUGGACGGUGGCGAGAUCAGUUAUUCCGAUGAGCUGCUAGCACCCACCAUCGCUGCUGGCCGCUGCAACUACCUCUGUGAAGAGCCGCCGCUUCUGAGCACCUUGUGCGGUGCUGCUAACAUCAUUGCAGAUGAGACACUGCUCCCCACCAUCUCGGGGAGCUGCGACGCAAGUGAUAAUGAAGAGCUGUUGCCUCUCACCGUUCUUGGCAGCGGCGACGCUGAUGCCCCUGUUGACCCACUGCCGCCCACCACCGCAGGCAGUGGUGAAAUCGUAGCUGAUGAAGAGCCACCGUCCCCCGCUACCUUGGACGGUGGCGAGAUCAGUUAUUCCGAUGAGCUGCUAGCACCCACCAUCGCUGCUGGCAGCUCCAACUACCUCUGUGAAGAGCCGCCGCUUCCGACCACCUUGUGCGGUGCUGCUAACAUCAUUGCAGAUGAGACACUGCUCCCCACCAUCUUGGGAAGCUGCGACGCAGGUGGUAAUGAAGAGCCGUUGCCUCCCACCGUUCCUAGCAGCGGCGACGCUGAUGCCCCUGUUGACCCACUGCCGCCCACCACCGCAGGCAGUGGUGAAAUCGUAGCUGAUGAAGAGCCACCGUCCCCCGCUACCUUGGACGGUGGCGAGAUCAGUUAUUCCGAUGAGCUGCUAGCACCCACCAUCGCUGCUGGCAGCUGCAACUACCUCUGUGAAGAGCCGCCGCUUCUGACCACCUUGUGCGGUGCUGCUAACAUCAUUGCAGAUGAGACACUGCUCCCCACCAUCUCGGGGAGCUGCGACGCAAGUGAUAAUGAAGAGCCGUUGCCUCCCACCGUUCUUGGCAGCGGCGACGCUGAUGCCCCUGUUGAUCCACUGCCGCCCACCACCGCAGGCAGUGGUGAAAUCGUAGCUGAUGAAGAGCCACCGUCCCCCGCUACCUUGGACGUUGGCGAGAACAGUUAUUCCGAUGAGCUGCUAGCACCCACCAUCGCUGCUGGCAGCUGCAACUACCUCUGUGAAGAGCCGCCGCUUCCGACCACCUUGUGCGGUGUUGCUAACAUCAUUGCAGAUGAGACACUGCUCCCCACCGUCUUGGGGAGCUGUGACGCAAGUGGUAAUGAAGACCCGUUGCCUCCCACUGUUCUUGGCAGCGGCGACGCUGAUGCCCCUGUUGACCCACUGCCGCCCACCACCGCAGGCAGCGGUGAAAUCGUAGCUGAUGAAGAGCCACCGUCCCCCGCUACCUUGGACGGUGGCGAGAUCAGUUAUUCCGAUGAGCUGCUAGCACCCACCAUCUCUGCUGGCAGCUGCAACUACCUCUGUGAAGAGCCGCCGCUUCCGACCAACUUGUGCGGUGCUGCUAACAUCAUUGCAGAUGAGACACUGCUCCCCACCGUCUUGGGGAGCUGCGACGCAAGUGGUAAUGAAGAGCCGUUGCCUCCCACCGUUCCUGGCAGCGGCGACGCUGACGCCCCUGUUGACCCACUGCCGCCCACCACCGCAGGCAGUGGUGAAAUCGUAGCUGAUGAAGAGCCACCGUCCCCCGCUACCUUGGACGGUGGCGAGAUCAGUUAUUUCGAUGAGCUGCUAGCACCCACCACCUCUGCUGGCAGCUGCAACUACCUCUGUGAAGAGCCGCCGCUUCUGACCACCUUGUGCGGUGCUGCUAACAUCAUUGAAGAUGAGACACUGCUCCCCACCGUCUUGGGGAGCUGCGACGCAAGUGGUAAUGAAGAGCCGUUGCCUCCCACCGUUCUUGGCAGCGGCGACGCUGAUGCCCCUGUUGAACCACUGCCGCCCACCACCGCAGGCAGUGGUGAAAUCGUAGCUGAUGAAGAGCCACCGUCCCCCACUACCUUGGACGGUGGCGAGAUCAGUUAUUCCGAUGAGCUGCUAGCACUCACCAUCGCUGCUGGCAGCUGCAACUACCUCUGUGAAGAGCCGCCGCUUCCGACCACCUUGUGCGGUGCUGCUAACAUCAUUGCAGAUGAGACACUGGUCCCCACCGUCUUGGGGAGCUGCGACGGAAGUGGUAAUGAAGAGCCGUUGCCUCCCACCGUUCUUGGCAGCGGCGACGCUGAUGCCCCUGUUGACCCACUGCCGCCCACCACCGCAGGCAGUGGUGAUAUCGUAGCUGAUGAAGAGCAACCGUCCCCCGCUACCUUGGACGGUGGCGAGAUCAGUUAUUCCGAUGAGCUGCUAGCACCCACCAUCGCUGCUGGCAGCUGCAACUACCUCUGUGAAGAGCCGCCGCUUCUGAGCACCUUGUGCGGUGCUGCUAACAUCAUUGCAGAUGAGACACUGCUCCCCACCAUCUCGGGGAGCUGCGACGCAAGUGAUAAUGAAGAGCCGUUGCCUCCCACCGUUCUUGGCAGCGGCGACGCUGAUGCCCCUGUUGACCCACUGCCGCCCACCACCGCAGGCAGUGGUGAAAUCGUAGCUGAUGAAGAGCCACCGUCCCCCGCUACCUUGGACGGUGGCGAGAUCAGUUAUUCCGAUGAGCUGCUAGCACCCACCAUCGCUGCUGGCAGCUCCAACUACCUCUGUGAAGAGCCGCCGCUUCCGACCACCUUGUGCGGUGCUGCUAACAUCAUUGCAGAUGAGACACUGCUCCCCACCAUCUCGGGGAGCUGCGACGCAAGUGAUAAUGAAGAGCCGUUGCCUCCCACCGUUCUUGGCAGCGGCGACGCUGAUGCCCCUGUUGAUCCACUGCCGCCCACCACCGCAGGCAGUGGUGAAAUCGUAGCUGAUGAAGAGCCACCGUCCCCCGCUACCUUGGACGUUGGCGAGAACAGUUAUUCCGAUGAGCUGCUAGCACCCACCAUCGCUGCUGGCAGCUGCAACUACCUCUGUGAAGAGCCGCCGCUUCCGACCACCUUGUGCGGUGUUGCUAACAUCAUUGCAGAUGAGACACUGCUCCCCACCGUCUUGGGGAGCUGCGACGCAAGUGGUAAUGAAGAGCCGUUGCCUCCCACUGUUCUUGGCAGCGGCGACGCUGAUGCCCCUGUUGACCCACUGCCGCCCACCACCGCAGGCAGCGGUGAAAUCGUAGCUGAUGAAGAGCCACCGUCCCCCGCUACCUUGGACGGUGGCGAGAUCAGUUAUUCCGAUGAGCUGCUAGCACCCACCAUCUCUGCUGGCAGCUGCAACUACCUCUGUGAAGAGCCGCCGCUUCCGACCAACUUGUGCGGUGCUGCUAACAUCAUUGCAGAUGAGACACUGCUCCCCACCGUCUUGGGGAGCUGCGACGCAAGUGGUAAUGAACAGCCAUUGCCUCCCACCGUUCCUGGCAGCGGCGACGCUGAUGCCCCUGUUGACCCACUGCCGCCCACCACCGCAGGCAGUGGUGAAAUCGUAGCUGAUGAAGAGCCACCGUCCCCCGCUACCUUGGACGGUGGCGAGAUCAGUUAUUUCGAUGAGCUGCUAGCACCCACCACCUCUGCUGGCAGCUGCAACUACCUCUGUGAAGAGCCGCCGCUUCUGACCACCUUGUGCGGUGCUGCUAACAUCAUUGAAGAUGAGACACUGCUCCCCACCGUCUUGGGGAGCUGCGACGCAAGUGGUAAUGAAGAGCCGUUGCCUCCCACCGUUCUUGGCAGCGGCGACGCUGAUGCCCCUGUUGACCCACUGCCGCCCACCACCGCAGGCAGUGGUGAUAUCGUAGCUGAUGAAGAGCAACCGUCCCCCGCUACCUUGGACGGUGGCGAGAUCAGUUAUUCCGAUGAGCUGCUAGAACCCACCAUCGCUGCUGGCAGCUGCAACUACCUCUGUGAAGAGCCGCCGCUUCUGAGCACCUUGUGCGGUGCUGCUAACAUCAUUGCAGAUGAGACACUGCUCCCCACCAUCUCGGGGAGCUGCGACGCAAGUGAUAAUGAAGAGCCGUUGCCUCCCACCGUUCUUGGCAGCGGCGACGCUGAUGCCCCUGUUGACCCACUGCCGCCCACCACCGCAGGAAGUGGUGAAAUCGUAGCUGAUGAAGAGCCACCGUCCCCCGCUACCUUGGACGGUGCCGAGAUCAGUUAUUCCGAUGAGCUGCUAGCACCCACCAUCGCUGCUGGCAGCUCCAACUACCUCUGUGAAGAGCCGCCGCUUCCGACCACCUUGUGCGGUGCUGCUAACAUCAUUGCAGAUGAGACACUGCUCCCCACCAUCUUGGGAAGCUGCGACGCAGGUGGUAAUAGAGAGCCGUUGCCUCCCACCGUUCCUGGCAGCGGCGACGCUGAUGCCCCUGUUGAUCCACUGCCGCCCACCACCGCAGGCAGUGGUGAAAUCGUAGCUGAUGAAGAGCCACCGUCCCCCGCUACCUUGGACGGUGGCGAGAUCAGUUAUUCCGAUGAGCUGCUAGCACCCACCAUCGCUGCUGGCAGCUGCAACUACCUCUGUGAAGAGCCGCCGCUUCUGACCACCUUGUGCGGUGCUGCUAACAUCAUUGCAGAUGAGACACUGCUCCCCACCAUCUCGGGGAGCUGCGACGCAAGUGAUAAUGAAGAGCCGUUGCCUCCCACCAUACUUGGCAGCGGCGACGCUGAUGCCCCUGUUGACCCACUGCCGCCCACCACCGCAGGCAGUGGUGAAAUCGUAGCUGAUGAAGAGCCACCGUCCCCCGCUACCUUGGACGUUGGCGAGAACAGUUAUUCCGAUGAGCUGCUAGCACCCACCAUCGCUGCUGGCAGCUGCAAGUACCUCUGUGAAGAGCCGCCGCUUCCGACCACCUUGUGCGGUGUUGCUAACAUCAUUGCAGAUGAGACACUGCUCCCCACCGUCUUGGGGAGCUGCGACGCAAGUGGUAAUGAAGAGCCGUUGCCUCCCACUGUUCUUGGCAGUGGCGACGCUGAUGCCCCUGUUGACCCACUGCCGCCCACCACCGCAGGCAGUGGUGAAAUCGUAGCUGAUGAAGAGCCACCGUCCCCCGCUACCUUGGACGGUGGCGAGAUCAGUUCUUCCGAUGAGCUGCUAGCACCCACCAUCUCUGCUGGCAGCUGCAACUACCUCUGUGAAGAGCCGCCGCUUCCGACCAACUUGUGCGGUGCUGCUAACAUCAUUGCAGAUGAGACACUGCUCCCCACCGUCUUGGGGAGCUGCGACGCAAGUGGUAAUGAAGAGCCGUUGCCUCCCACCGUUCCUGGCAGCGGCGACGCUGACGCCCCUGUUGACCCACUGCCGCCCACCACCGCAGGCAGUGGUGAAAUCGUAGCUGAUGAAGAGCCACCGUCCCCCGCUACCUUGGACGGUGGCGAGAUCAGUUAUUUCGAUGAGCUGCUAGCACCCACCACCUCUGCUGGCAGCUGCAACUACCUCUGUGAAGAGCCGCCGCUUCUGAGCACCUUGUGCGGUGCUGCUAACAUCAUUGAAGAUGAGACACUGCUCCCCACCGUCUUGGGGAGCUGCGACGCAAGUGGUAAUGAAGAGCCGUUGCCUCCCACCGUUCUUGGCAGCGGCGACGCUGAUGCCCCUGUUGAAACACUGCCGCCCACCACCGCAGGCAGCGGUGAAAUCGUAGCUGAUGAAGAGCCACCGUCCCCCACUACCUUGGACGGUGGCGAGAUCAGUUAUUCCGAUGAGCUGCUAGCACUCACCAUCGCUGCUGGCAGCUGCAACUACCUCUGUGAAGAGCCGCCGCUUCCGACCACCUUGUGCGGUGCUGCUAACAUCAUUGCAGAUGAGACACUGGUCCCCACCGUCUUGGGGAGCUGCGACGGAAGUGGUAAUGAAGAGCCGUUGCCUCCCACCGUUCUUGGCAGCGGCGACGCUGAUGCCCCUGUUGACCCACUGCCGCCCACCACCGCAGGCAGUGGUGAUAUCGUAGCUGAUGAAGAGCAACCGUCCCCCGCUACCUUGGACGGUGGCGAGAUCAGUUAUUCCGAUGAGCUGCUAGCACCCACCAUCGCUGCUGGCAGCUGCAACUACCUCUGUGAAGAGCCGCCGCUUGCGACCACCUUGUGCGGUGCUGCUAACAUCAUUGCAGAUGAGACACUGCUCCGCACCGUCUUGGGCAGCUGCGACACAAGUGGUAAUGAAGAGCCGUUGCCUCCCACCGUUCUUGUCAGCGGCGACGCUGAUGCCCCUGUUGACCCACUGCCGCCCACCACCGCAGGCAUCGGUGAAAUCGCAGCUGAUGAAGAGCCACCGUCCCCCGAUACCUUGGACGGUGGCGAGAUCAGUUAUUCCGAUGACCUGCUAGCACCCACCAUCGCUUCUGGCAGCUGCAACUGCCUCUGUGAAGAGCCGCCGCUUCCGACCACCUUGUGCGGUGCUGCUAACAUCAUUGCAGAUGAGACACUGCUCCCCACCGUCUUGGGGAGCUGCGACGCAAGUGGUAAUGAAGAGUUGUUGCCUCCCACCAUUCCUGGCAGCGGCGACGCUGAUGCCCCUGUUGACCCACUGCCGCCCACCACCGCAGGCAGUGGUGAAAUCGUAGCUGAUGAAGAGCCACCGUCCCCCGCUACCUUGGACUGUGGCGAGAUCAGUUAUUUCGAUGGGCUGCUAGCACCCACCAUCUCUGCUGGCAGCUGCAACUACCUCUGUGAAGAGCCGCCGCUUCCGACCACCUUGUGCGGUGCUGCUAACAUCAUUGCAGAUGAGACACUGCUCCCCACCGUCUUGGGGAGCUGUGACGCAAGUGGUAAUGAAGAGCCGUUGCCUCCCACCGUUCUUGGCAGCGGCGACGCUGAUGCCCCUGUUGAUCCACUGCCGCCCACCACCGAAGGCAGCGGUGAAAUCGUAGCUGAUGAAGAGCCACCGUCCCCCACUACCUUGGACGGUGGCGAGAUCUGUUAUUUCGAUGGGCCGCUAGCACCCACCAUCUCUGCUGGCAGCUGCAACUACCUCUGUGAAGAGCCGCCGCUUCCGACCACCUUGUGCGGUGCUGCUAACAUCAUUGCAGAUGAGACACUGCUCCCCACUGUCUUGGGGAGCUGCGACGGUAGUGGUAAUGAAGAACCGUUGCCUCCCACCGUUCUUGGCAGCGGCGACACUGAUGCCCCUGUUGACCCACUGCCGCCCACCACCGCAGGCAGCGGUGAAAUCGUAGCUGAUGAAGAGCCACCGUCCCCCACUACCUUGGACGGUGGCGAGAUCAGUUAUUCCGAUGAGCUGCUAGCACCCACCAUCGCUUCUGGCAGCUGCAACUACCUCUGUGAAGAGCCGCCGCUUCCGACCACCUUGUGCGGUGCUGCUAACAUCAUUGCAGAUGAGACACAGCUCCCCACCGUCUUGGGGAGCAGCGACGCAAGUGGUAAUGAAGAGCCGUUGCCUCCCAACGUUCUUGGCAGCGGCGACGCUGAUGCCCCUGUUGACCCACUUCCGCCCACCACCGCAGGCAUCGGUGAAAUCGCAGCUGAUGAAGAGCCACCGUCGCCCGAUACCUUGGACAGUGGCGAGAUCAGUUAUUCCGAUGACCUGCUAGCACCCACCAUCGCUGCUGGCAGCUGCAAUUACCUCUGUGAAGAGCCGCCGCUUCCGACCACCUUGUGCGGUGCUGCUAACAUCAUUGCAGAUGAGACACUGCUCCCUACCGUCUUGGGGAGCUGCGACGCAAGUGGUAAUGAAGAGCCGUUGCCUCCCACCGUUCUUGGUAGCGGCGACGCUGAUGCCCCUGUUGACCCACUGCCGCCCACCACCGUAGGCAGCGGUGAAAUCGUAGCUGAUGAAGAGCCACCGUCCCCCACUACCUUGGACGUUGGCGAGAUCAGUUAUUCCGAUGAGCUGCUAGCACCCACCAUCGCUGCUGGCAGCUGCAACUACCUCUGUGAAGAGACGCCGCUUCCGACCACCUUGUGCGGUGCUGCUAACAUCAUUGCAGAUGAGACACUGCUCCCCACCGUCUUGGGGAGCUGCGACGCAAGUGGUAAUGAAGAGCCGUUGCCUCCCACCGUUCCUGGCAGCGGCGACGCUGAUGCCCCUGUUGACCCACUGCCGCCCACCACCGCAGGCAGUGGUGAAAUCGUAGCUGAUGAAGAGCCACCGUCCCCCGCUACCUUGGACGGUGGCGAGAUCAGUUAUUUCGAUGGGCUGCUAGGACCCACCAUCUCUGCUGGCAGCUGCAAGUACCUCUGUGAAGAGCCGCCGCUUCCGACCACCUUGUGCGGUGCUGCUAACAUCAUUGCAGAUGAGACACUGCUCCCCACCGUCUUGGGGAGCUGCGACGCAAGUGGUAAUGAAGAGCCGUUGCCUCCCACCGUUCCUGGCAGCGGCGACGCUGAUGCCCCUGUUGACACACUGCCGCCCACCACCGCAGGCAGUGGUGAAAUCGUAGCUGAUGAAGAGCCACCGUCCCCCACUACCUUGGACGGUGGCGAGAUCAGUUAUUUCGAUGGGCUGCUAGCACCCACCAUCUCUGCUGGCAGCUGCAAGUACCUCUGUGAAGAGCCGCCGCUUCCGACCACCUUGUGCGGUGCUGCUAACAUCAUUGCAGAUGAGACACUGCUCCCCACCGUCUUGGGGAGCUGCGACGCAAGUGGUAAUGAAGAGCCGCUGCCUCCCACCAUUCUUGGCAACGGCGACACUGAUGCCCCUGUUGACCCACUGCCGCCCACCACCGCAGGCAGCGGUGAAAUCGUAGCUGAUGAAGAGCCACCGUCCUCCACUACCUUGGAAGGUGGCGAGAUCAGUUAUUUCGAUGGGCUGCUAGCACCCACCAUCUCUGCUGGCAGCUACAACUACCUCUGUGAAGAGCCACCGCUUCCGACCACCUUGUGCGGUUUUGCUAACAUCAUUGCAGAUGAGACACUGCUCCCCACCGUCUUGGGGAGCUGCGACGCAAGUGGUAAUGAAGAGCCGUUGCCUCCCACCGUUCUUGGCAGCGGCGACGCUGAUGCCCCUGUUGACCCACUGCCGCCCACCACCGAAGGCAGCGGUGAAAUCGUAGCUGAUGAAGAGCCACCGUCCCCCGCUACCUUGGACGGUGGCGAGAUCAGUUAUUCCGAUGAGCUGCUAGCACCCACCAUCGCUGCUGGCAGCUCCAACUACCUCUGUGAAGAGCCGCCGCUUCCGACCACCUUGUGCGGUGCUGCUAACAUCAUUGCAGAUGAGACACUGCUCCCCACCGUCUUGGGGAGCUGCGACGCAAGUGGUAAUGAAGAGCCGUUGCCUCCCACCGUUCUUGGCAGCGGCGACGCUGAUGCCCCUGUUGACACACUGCCGCCCACCACCGCAGGCAGCGGUGAAAUCGUAGCUGAUGAAGAGCCACCGUCCCCCGCUACCUUGGACGGUGGCGAGAUCAGUUAUUUCCAUGAGCUGCUAGCACCCACCAUCGCUGCUGGCAGCUGCAACUACCUCUGUGAAGAGCCGCCGCUUCCGACCACCUUGUGCGGUGCUGCUAACAUCAUUGCAGAUAAGACACUGCUCCCCACCGUCUUGGGGAGCUGCGACACAAGUGGUAAUGAAGAGCCGUUGCCUCCCACCGUUCUUGGCAGCGGCGACGCUGAUGCUCCUGUUGACCCACUGCCGCCCACCACCGCAGGCAGUGGUGAAAUCGUAGCUGAUGAAGAGCCACCGUCCCCCGCUACCUUGGACGGUGGCGAGAUCAGUUAUUUCGAUGAGCUGCUAGCACCCACCAUCGCUGCUGGCAGCUGCAACUACCUCUGUGAAGAGCCGCCGCUUCCGACCACCUUGUGCGGUGUUGUUAACAUCAUUGCAGAUGAGACACUGAUCCCCACCGUCUUGGGGAGCUGCGACGCAAGUGGUAAUGAAGAACCGUUGCCUCCCACUGUCCUUGGCAGCGGCGACGCUGAUGCCCCUGUUGACCCACUGCCUCCCACCACCGCAGGCAGCGGUGAAAUCGUAGCUGAUGAAGAGCCACCGUCCCCCGCUACCUUGGACGGUGGCGAGAUCAGUUAUUCCGAUGAGCUGCUAGCACCCACCAUCGCUGCUGGCAGCUGCAACUACCUCUGUGAAGAGCCGCCGCUUCCGACCACCUUGUGCGGUGCUGCUAACAUCAUUGCAGAUGAGACACUGCUCCCCACCGUCUUGGGCAGCUGCGACGCAAGUGGUAAUGAAGAGCCGUUGCCUCCCACCGUUCUUGGCAGCGGCGACGCUGAUGCCCCUGUUGACCCACUGACUCCCACCACCGCAGGCAGCGGUGAAAUCGUAGCUGAUGAAGAGCCACCGUCCCCCGCUACCUUGGACGGUGGCGAGAUCAGUUAUUUCGAUGAGCUGUUAGCACCCACCAUCGCUGCUGGCAGCUGCAACUACCUCUGUGAAGAGCCGCCGCUUCCGACCACCUUGUGCGGUGCUGCUAACAUCACUGUAGAUGAGACACUGCUCCCCACCGUCUUGGGGAGCUGCGACGCAAGUGGUAAUGAAGAGCCGUUGCCUCCCACUGUCCUUGGCAGCGGUGACGCUGAGACCCCUGUUGACCCACUGCCAUCCACUACCCCAGGCAGUGGUAAAAUCCUAGCUGAGGAAGAGCCACCAUCCCCUACUACCUUGGACGGUGGCGAGGUCCGUUAUUUUUGA